GAUAUAUGUUAUGGAUUUAAUAUUUACACUGACAAAUAUUAAUUACAAUAAAUACAAAUAAAAUAGUUAAUUAGAAGAAAUAAACAAUUAAAUACACGGUUAUAUGUACUGCUGGGGUACACACAUCAAUUGAGGAAUAAAUAUAUAGAUAGUUAAUAGUUAUUAUUUUUAGGUUCAACUUUAUGAUUGUCGCACGUCGGGAUUUUUAUAGAUAAAUCUAAAUUAUUUUAAUGGGUUUGUAAAAUUCUGGAAUGGCAGCUAAUCCGUACAAGGCAAUGGCUCAUGCUAAAAGUGAUAAUUUUACCAUUAAUUCCAAUCAAUUUAUAUAUGUUACUAAAACUGAAUUGCAAGAGCAUAAAAAUAUGGAAACCAGCGACUUCGACCAACAGGAAGAGCAAAUCUACUUCGAGGGUAACUCCUCAGCAAAGCCCUCCGAAGAAGACGAUUUCGACCCUGACAUAAACUCCCUAAUCCGAAUAAAGCAAGAAUGGACCGAACCGACUGCACGUGGUAUGAAGCAAGAGCAGGAGCUGGACUACGAGCUUGAAACUCCGACUGCCGAGGAAGAAGAAACAGUGGAAGAAGAAGAGUUUGAGUGGGAAGAAUCCGAGGAACCCGAAGAGCGAGUAAAGACCGAGGUAAGCCAGCCUUCCGAAGAACAGGAGCCUGAUGAGCAAGAUCACGAGUCCGACGAAGAAACAAUAGCGACCUUCCUUACCGCCUCCGGAAAGCAGUUAGCUCUCUACGCGGUUGAGGACUCUGACGACGUCUUCGCAGUGGCGGCUUACGACGGUUCCGGGAACUCACCCAACCAGUUCCAGUUUCUCUUAAAAGCCGAUGUCGAGCGUUUAAUUGGCCAAGGAGCCGUUAAAACAAUCAAAAAACCUUCCUCGAUAAAACAGCAAACCUACCUAGGCGACACUACCACCAUCUUGCGGAACAACCGCGCACUAAAAGAAGAAACCACUGAAGUUCCUUCCCCGACUUACGAGCUACACCAACCUGAUCAUCUUCAGGAGGCCAACGACCGGAACAUGAAAGAGGAGCAAGAUGACGAUCUAAGUUACCAACUGAUGGAAUCUCAGUCAGACUCUUUUGAAGUUACCGACCGAGUUUCUAUGAAUUCCACUUGUUCCAUCAGUUCCAAAUCCGAGUCUACGUCCAAAAGUCCUGGAGGCGUAGUUACAGCUGAGAAUCUUCUAUUCCAUGAAGAAGAAUCCGAAUCUGAGUUAACUUUUGAUGACAUUAAGUCAAUUGACUUCAAUGUUGAUAAAUUAAGUCAAAAAAAAUUGGAUAAAAAGUCAAGUUUUACUAAAUCAGAACCUUCGAUGGAAAUUUCUAAAUCUAGUUCAAUGGAGGUUAAAUUAAAUUCUAGUUCCAUGGAAAUGGAAAUUGGAUCCAGUGAUAAAACAGUUUCUAUGAAGUCUAAUUAUAAAAUAGACCUUGAAUCUGGAUCUUCAAUUAGAACCAAUUCAAUGGACACUUUUAAGUCAAUAUCAGAUUUGAUGGACACAAGGUCUAAUUCAUUAAAGUCAAUCUCCAGUCGGACGCUUUCAUCAGAAGUAUCUAAUCCAGGGAAUAGAUCCAGUUUUAUGGAAGUAGAACCUAAUCAGAUAGAGUCAGAUUCAAUGGAUCUGGCUGACAAUUCUUUUGAUGACUCUACUUUGAUGGAAGUGGACAAUUCUUUGGUUAGGUCUAACAGUGGACCCAAGACUAUGGACUCAAUAAGUGGGUUUAAUAAAUCUAGGUCGGUAUUAAGACGCACAUAUCAAAUUGUCAAGUCUCAGGACAAAGAAGUUAGCCAGUUAUUGGGAAUUAGUCAGGCGUCUAUCUCCCCACUCUCCUCGCCUGAUAAAGAGAAGACAAAGCAGACUAAGCGGGCUAAACACAUGCCGCGCGCUCUGUUGGGCUGCAAGACAAACACUUUUGACUCUACUGCCUCUACUGUUAUCAUCCACGGGUCUACUGCGCUUAUUUGCUGUCCGAUUCAGGCGGUAAAGAAGGCCAAGGAUAGAGAGGAGGAUAAUCCUGAUGGAAAAAUUGAAGUUGUUAUGAAUGAAGAGAAGGAUAAAUUGGUUUGUAAAUUGAAAAGACCACCGAGGAAGCAACAGUUGAAGAUAAAUGAUAGAGCUGACUCGGAGAUUAUUAUCCAGCCGGCGGUAAUAGAGGAAACUGUUGAAGAAGAGGUGCCAGCUGUUCGUAAAAGAGGAAGGAGAAGAAAAAAUAGAGAUGGAAAGCGAUUGGAGGAGGAUGAUAAAAAGGGGAAGGAGGGGAGGUCUAGGAGGGGGAGAAAGAAGAAAUCUAGGAUUGAAGUUAUUGAAUUGGAUGAAGAUGAGAGUGUCGCGAGACAUAUUGAGGAGAUUACUAUUGAUGAAGCUAAGGAGAAGGGAUCCAGUGAUAAGGAGAAUGAAAUUAUUAUGCUGGAGUCGGAAGAUGAUACUGCUGAAGAGGAGGAAGAAGAGGAAGAGGAGGAGGAAGAUGAUGAGCCUUGGAAGUGCAAAUUUUGUCGGAGAAGCUUCAGGUUGAAGAGAGCUAUGGAUACUCAUGCUCGUGUUUGUCCGAAAAGUCCGAGGAGAGUUGAUAAAGGGGAAAAAGAGGUUAAGGAGAAGAAGUAUGUUUGUAAAAUUUGUAAAGAGACCUUUGAUGUUGUUGUUGCUUUGGCUCGGCAUACUAGGAUGCAUUAUAAGAAGCGUGUUGUUGAGAAGCCUGAAGAGCCGGAGGAAGAGGAGGAAGAAGAAGAGGAGGAGGAGGAGGAAGAAAUUGUUGAGGAACUGGAGAUGCUGGUUGAGGAAGAAGUUGAAGAGGAAAAAGAGGAGGAGAAGGAAGAAGUUAGAGAGGUUAAGAAGAGGAAGAGGGUUGGGAGCUUUCAUAAGAAGCUUCGGUGCAUGGAAUGCAGGAAGUGGUUCAAUAGCAUGGCGCUGUUAACUCGGCAUUAUUUGAAUCAUGAUACUAAGAAUACUGAUCGACAGAUAAAAUACUGCUAUGUAUGCAGAAAAUUAAUAGAAAACAAAGCGCAGUACUUGCGCCAUAUGCAAUUACAUAUGACAUCACCGAAGAAGCUAUCUAAAGAUAAAAAUCCAAAUUCAACCGCAAAAUCCAAUUCGAAGUUAAAUUCACACAAAGAAACAUCACCGGUUCAGUCGAAGAAAACAAAAUCACCUAUAAGAAGAAUCACCAGAUCGUCGAAAAAUUCAGCGUCUUCUCCUACGCCAGCGCCAUCUAUUUCUAAACAUGAAAAUAAAAAACCAUUAGAAAAAAAAGUAAAUAGCAAAAAAUUGUCAUUGAGAAAAAGUAAUCGGCAAAAAAAAUUAUGAUUUGUUUUACUUAUUAUUAUCGAUAAUUAUAAUUAUUAUUAUUAUAUCUUGAAUAACUAUUAUAAUUAUUAAUAUAAAUAUGAUAUUUUUUUUUUUUUAUUAGUUUAAGUCCCAAAGUAAUGUUCAAUGCUUAAAAAUAAUAAAUUGUUAUUUUACAAUAUAAAAA